CAUUCUGGUGAAUGGGUUGGUCGAAAUUGCCCAUUUUCUAAAUUCAGCAGGGGACUCUUGUCUCAGUGGAUACAUCUAUGUAGAGUUUAAAAGUCUAAAAUGGCCCCUUUAUUGGAGCAAUUUAUCGAAUGCCACGUCUUUGUGAUCUCGGUGGAUGGACGCGUGUUCGUCGGAGUGUUAAAGGGGUUUGAUCAAUUGACGAACCUCGUCUUGUACAAUUGCAUCGAAAGGGUCUAUCAUGUUGAUUCGCCCGUGGAAGAACUCGAGCUAGGAAUCUACGUCGUUCGAGGAGAUAAUGUUGUGCUAGUCGGAGAAGUCGACUUGGAUGUGGAUAGAAGCAUGUCUGGAAUCGAGGCACAACCACUCAAGCCUGUAGUCUAUUAAGUUUUCCAAGUUU